UACAGAGCCUGUGAACCAUCUACACACUUAGCAUUCCCUCACCGUCCACUCCGGUCACCAUUUUCCUUCUACUCUCUUAUGCAACCUCUUUCCUGAUCUAUAUCACAUACUGUCAAGUCACAAUGAAGCUCCUUGUCACUGGCGCAACUGGCCUCGUUGGCACCGAAGUCAUCCGUCAAGCGCUAGGCGUCUCCUCCAUCACUUCUGUUGUUGCGCUUGCAAGACGCGAGGUCAAGGUCCCGGAGCAGGUUGCACCCGAUGCGGACACUAGCAAGUUGAAGACUGUGAUUGUUGAGGACUGGGAGAAGUAUACGCCUGAGGUCAAGGAGGCGAUCAAGGGUGCAGAUGCUUGCCUUUGGCUCCUUGCCAUCACCCCCGCAAAAUCUAAAGCCUAUGUCUUUGACCAAGUCCGCAAAGUCUGUCUCGACUACACCGUCGCUGGUAUCCGUGAAAUGAGUACCGUAGCCAAUAAGCCAUUCCGCUUCAUUUAUACCGCCGGCGCCAUGACGGAGCGGGAUCAGACGAAAAAGCUGGCGUUGUUGGGGGAGUAUCGGCUGAUGCGGGGUGAGGUCGAGAACCAAGUCCUUGCCUUCGCUUCCCAGUCCUCUGGUGCCGUCGAAGCCCAAGUCACCAGACCCGGCGCUAUCGACGGGCCAGGCCGGGGCAUGAUUGUGAGUGCUAUUGCUGUUGCCAGCGCAGCUUUGGGGGUGAUGCCGAAGGUGCACGUCAGCGAGAUAGCGGCUGCGAUGCUGCAACAGGCUGAGAAGGGGCUGGAGAAAGAGACGCUGGAGAAUGCGGACUUGGUGAGAUUGGCCAAGGAAGUCUUGGGAGACGGCAAUGAGAAAUACGUGAAGUAGGGGCCGCCGCGUGUGCCUUCCUCUCGAGUUUUCUCUAUUCUUGUCGUAUUCGCGAUAAACCCCUAGAGGUGCCCCGUUGCCACAUAUACAACCCCAAAAUGAUGACCGCAUGAGUCAAACGAGGUCCCUUGUGGCUAAUAAUAUGAUCUCGCUGUGCUCUGGGACAU